AUGUCACACCCAUUCCACAGCUUGCUCAAACAGCCCUACACCCCGGCCAUAGCUGCCCAAUUGCAGUCGCUCCAGAGUAGUCUCUCACCAGAAGAUGCCACCUACCAGAAAAUCCUGUGGUACAUCCUCAAACAGUCGAUCCACUCGCAGAUUGCAGUUCUAGACGUCCACAACAUCCAACAAACGGUGCUAGAGUUGUUCAAAUUGAACAUCGAAAGAGGCAGGGGGCUCCUUGUGCGGAAUAUCAUGAAGUGGCAGUUGAGUGACACCCGAUUUACCGAAUUAUUUGCGUGUUUCAUUGCUAUUCUCAACUCCAAGCUCCCCAGUGUCGGCGAAUUGAUAGUGAAACGGUUGAUAUUACAAUUCAGAAGAAACUACAUGAAGAACAACCGAGCCAUCUGUGUGUCGUCCUUGGCUUUCUUGAGUUAUUUGGUCAACCAGCGAGUGUUGAGCGAAAUCGUCAUUCUCCAAACUGUCCAACUCCUUCUUGAAAAGCCCACCCACGACACCAUCUUCAUUGCCACCGAGGCACUCAAGGUCGUAGGUAGCUACUUGGUGAAGAACUCGCCUGCUGUGCUGGAAAUGAUCUUCACCAAGUAUCGAGAGAUGUUGAGAGACAACAACCUUAGGGCAAGCCACUCAACAAUACAGCAGUUGUUGAGAGUAAGACAGACCAAUUUCAAGGAUUAUCCAUCAAUUCCCAAGACCCUCGACUUGGUGGAGGAGGAGGACCAAGAGACACAUGUGGUGGAAUUGGAUGAAGAUAUUGAUGGUGAAGAGAACUUGAAUGUAUUUAGUUAUGAUGAAAACUACGAGGAAAACGAGAGAAAUUACGCUAGUUUCAAGCAAGAAAUAUUGCCAGAACAGGUGCCUGUCGAAGCGGAAGAAACGAAGCCGGCAGAAGUGGUACACGACUUUACAGAAGCAGACUUAUUGCAGUACCAGAAAACGGUCUAUCUUAAGGUGAUGUCGUCCAUGUCAGCGGACGAAGCUGUGCAUAAAUUACUCAAGAUGAACUUCCAGAAGUCCAAGGAAGAAAAGGCUGUCAACAACGAAGUUUUGGCAGAUAUGAUUAUCAAAUGUUGUUCUCAAGAAAAGACGUACUCCAAGUAUUUUGGUGUGAUUGGGGAAAAGCUUUGUGCUACCAGUAAGUGGUGGCACGGGACGUUCGUCAAGCUCUUCAAGAAGUACUACGAGCUAGUUGAACUGCUUGAGGUGAACAGCUUGAGGAAUGUGGGGAAAUUCUUUGGGCAUCUCUACGCAUCGGAUAAGCUCGCAUUGGAAGAAGGCUGGGACGAAAUCAAGCUCACAGAGCGAGACACAAACUCGGCGAGCCGGAUUCUCUUGAAGUUUGUCUUCCAAGAGAUGGUAGAGGAAUUGGGAAUCAAAGAGGUUAUUGAACGUGUCAUAAAUGACACCUAUGUCAAGCCCAAAAUCAACGGGAUUUUCCCCGUAGUUGACGUGACCCAACGGGACGCUGAUGACAUCCGUUUCUCGAUCAAUUACUUCACAGCCAUCGGGUUGGGGGUUUUGACCGAGGAGAUGAGAAAGGUGCUCACAGAAUUGCCUGAAGAUAGAGGAAGAAGUCGCUCCAGAUCGAGCAGUUUCUCGCGUAGUGGCUCCAGCUACUCGAGGAGUGGAUCCAGAACUCCAUACGAAAAAGGUUCCGAAAAGAAGGGUGCUACUCUCUUCAAGACUAGAUGUUUGCAAUGUCACACCGUCGAACAAGGUGGUCCACACAAGGUUGGUCCAAACUUGCACGGUCUCGUUGGCAGAAAGUCCGGUUUGGCUGAAGGCUACUCCUACACCGACGCCAACAAGAAGAAGGGUGUUGAAUGGAGUGCUCAAACCUUGUCCGACUACUUGGAAAACCCAAAGAAGUACAUUCCAGGUACCAAGAUGGCUUUCGGUGGUUUGAAGAAGCCUAAGGACAGAAACGACUUGGUCACUUACUUGAUCUCUGCCACCAAGUAA